AGGCUUCCUGCGGCGCGUGGUGACACAAGGAGAGGAGGGGGGGAAGAACGGAAGAGAAGAGCAGCAGCAGCAACAGCCGCGCCAUCCGCUUGCUUCCUUCCUUCCUCUUCUCUCCCUCCUACCCCACCGCCGGCGUCGCCUCUUCGCGUUGCGCGCCCUCGCGUCGCACCCGUGGGUAGCAGCCGCGUACCUACCAACCUGCGUGCUGCCGGGGGAGCUCUGCACGUCUCCUGUCGCCUCGCCUCUCGGCAUGGACGCCGGGGGAGAGAAGUUCAGCGACGCGGCGGCGGCGGAGGGCGGUGAGGGCGGCGGCGACCUCUACGCCGUCCUCGGGCUCAAGAAGGAGUGCUCCGACGCCGACCUCAAGGUCGCUUACCGGAAGCUCGCCAAGAAAUGGCACCCGGACAAAUGCUCCUCCUCCAGCAGCGUGAAACACAUGGAGGAAGCCAAGGAGAAGUUCCAAGAGAUCCAGGGCGCCUAUUCCGUACUCUCUGACGCCAAUAAACGGCUCCUCUACGAUGUUGGAGUAUACGACGAUGAGGACGACGAGGAUAGCAUGCAGGGGAUGGGUGACUUCAUUGGUGAGAUGGCCCAGAUGAUGAGCCAGGUGCGGCCGACGAGGCAGGAAAGCUUUGAGGAGCUGCAGCAGCUUUUUGUGGACAUGUUCCAGUCUGAUAUUGAUUCAGGAUUCUGCAACGGGUCUGCUAAGGAUCAAGUUCAGGGGCAAGCCAAAAGUAGAACAUGCUCGACCUCACCUUCAUCAUCACCGUCCCCACCUCCUCCUCCUACUAUAGUAAAGGAGGCAGAGGUGUCAUCAUGUAAUGGCUUCAAUAAGCGGGGUUCAUCAGCAAUGGACUCAGGGAAGCCUCCAAGGCCUGUUGAAGGCGGUGCUGGUCAGGCUGGAUUUUGUUUUGGGGUGAGCGAUACGAAGCAAACGCCGAAGCCGAGAGGUCCGAACACCAGCCGGAGGAGGAACGGCCGGAAACAGAAGCUGUCAUCCAAGCACGAUGUUUCAUCUGAAGAUGAAACGGCCGGUUCCUAGCACCAGCAGCUACGGUAGCAGUUUGACCUGUGGCUUUGGUGAUAUCAUUCGUUGGUCCUUGGCGGUGCCGAGGGCCCUAGUAGCCAGCAGCGGCAGGGAGGCACAGCAUGUCGCUUCUGCUAGCUGCUGUGAUCUGAAGAGGCGUUUAGCUCAUCAUAUGCCUUACCUUAGGCCUGUGAGGGACUUCCAUUGAAACUCGUCGAGGAUACUGCAUUUUUCUUUCUCCAUCUGUGUCGGUUGUGUUGUACAAUACAUUGAGUGACUUCUAAUCGAUUCUUUUUUUUACCAUUAAUUAACAUCUGGUAUAUCCGAUUGAUCGAUCCCUA